AUGUCUUUGGAAAAUGAUGAAAAUCGUUUAAAAAAAUGUUUGGAAGAAAUAAUUGAAAUAAUUGAAAAGACAAAUGUUGAACAAUCAUCUUAUACAAAUUCCCGUGAUAAAGUCGAUUCAAAUAAACAAAUGAUGGAAAAUCUUACAAUACGGAUAAAUAAUAAAUUAAAAAGUUUACUUGAUUUAUUAUCUUUGAGAUACCGAGAAUAUUUUUUAGAUUUUUUUUCUAAUUAUAAUUACAAUUAUUCAAAAGGAAUAUUUAAUGAAACAAUUAAAACAUAUAUUCUUAAAAACUUAUCUCAUGAUCUUUAUGCUAUAAUUGAUUCAUUUGAUGCUUUUCAAGCUUCAUUUGAUGGAAAUUUAUUAUUAGUUAAAAAUUUUGUUGAAAAACAUCCAAAAUAUAAAGAUAAAUCUGGUAUUUGGGAUACAACAUUAUUAUAUUCAUCAUCAAGAAAUAAUCAUCUAAAUAUUGUUAAAUAUCUUAUUGAACAAGGUAAAUGUUAUGUUAAUGUACAAAAUCGAAAAUAUAAUCAAAAUUUAUCAAGAGAUUCGCGCAUAAGUCCAACAUCUGGUUCAACAGCAUUACAUGCUGCUUGUUUUUAUGGACAUAUAGAUAUAGUUAGAUAUUUAAUUGAUAAUGAAGCUAAUUAUUUUAUUAAAAAUGAUGCACAAGAAACACCGAUUUAUAAUGGUUUAUUAAGAAAUAAUAUCAAAGAAUUUUUUCAAGAUUUUCUUAUUUUUAAUUAUUCGAAUUCAAAUAUAAAUAUUCCUGAAUCAACUAUUUUAGAAACUAAUCAAUUAAUAUUUGAUUCAAUAUGGGAAUAUAAAUCAAUUUAUUCUGAUCAAUGGAUUAUCUUUGAUGAUAAUCAAUCAAAUCAAUUACAACAAUCUUUUUAUGUUCAACUACAGAAAAAUUUUAAUCCAGAUUUAAUUAUGAAAAUAGAUAAUAAUUUAUAUAAUAUAUCAUUAAUUCAAUUUUUAUGUUUUCAAAAAUCAAAUUCAUUAAAUAAUGAAUAUUUAUGGAUUAGAUGUCGAGGUUCAUCUAUUGCUAAUUUUAAUUUUUAUUCCAAAUGGCAAAUUAUGUUUGACAAACAUAUUUCAAUUAAAUCAAAUAAAUCAGUAUCAUUAGAAGUUUUUUAUAUAAAAAACAAUUCAAAUGAUCAUAUUCAAAUUAAAUUAAAUCAUUGGUUUUAUCUUAAUAAUUAUAUUAAUCAACAAUUAGAUGAUGCUUUAAAUUAUAGAAGAAAAUAUUUAAAUAUUUAUCUUCCUUUUAUUAAUAAUGAUUUAUUUCAAUUUAAUUUAAAAACAUUUUCAUUUUCUAAUCAUGAAAACACAAUAAACGGUUUUAUUCGAUGGAUACCUACAUAUAUAUCAAGCGAUAAUCAAACUAUUAUUGAUAAUUUUCAACCAUUAACAAAUAUAAAAAUAUUACCUUUAUUUCGAACAUAUUCAGCAGCAACAUUUUCAAAUAAUGAUCAUAUUCAUCAAUCAACUACAACAGUUACAAAUCAAUAUUCAGAAAUAAAUAAUAAUGGAAAGGAAAAUGCAUCUAUGGUUGUCCGUUUUGGAGAUUUGAUAAAAGACACAAGUGAUGUUAUUGUUGUAUGUUGGUCGUCAAAAUAUUUAUUAGAAAUCAUUUAUGAAUGUGGUGGAUCAUCAGUUCGAACUGCAAUUAAUAAUCAACUUGAGAAAAAAUUGAAAAAUUCUUUAACUAGUGUUAAAUCAGAUGGAGACAUUAAAUCCAAAAGAAUUUAUUUUAUUCAUUGGAUACCUGAAUCAGAUAUAGAUUUAGUUAAAAAAUCUCUUGAAAUUUUAAUAAGCAUUGCUAUGCAAAGAGCUCAUGAUGAUAAUUAUAAAAGUAUUGCAUUUCCAGCUAUUGGUUGUGGUGAUUAUCAAUAUCCAGUUCAGAUUGUUGCUCAAACAAUGGUUAAUAAAGCUCAUCAAGAACAAAUUUUACAUAAAAUCUCUGUUUCAUUUAUAAUUCAAUCAACAAAGAAAGAUGUUUUUCAUCAUUUUGAUAAACAAAUUAAUGUAUUAAAUCAAUCAACAUCAACGGGUUUUGUAUCAAAAAUAGUUCAAAAUGGUUUAAUACAAAUAGAAAAAGGAGAUAUUACAAAGCAAAAAGUUGAUGUUAUUGUUAUAAGUUCAUCAUCAGAUUAUCUUCGACAAAUCGUUAUAAUGGAAGGUGGUGAAGAAGUUUAUGGAGCAUACGAAAAAGAAAAUAAAACUAAUCCAGAUUGUUUAUUAAUAUCAACUCCACCUGGAAAUUUACCAUGUAAAAGAAUAUUUUUUCUUAAAUGGGUACCAGAUGAAAAUGAGAAUUUACUUCGACAAUCAAUAGUUGAUUUUAUUUGGAAUGUUAUUCAAAAUGUUCUUGCAUAUAAAUUUGAUUCAAUUGCAUUUCCACCUAUUGGUUGUGCUCAUUCAAAUAUUUCAACUUCGAUUAUAAUUCAAACAUUAAUUAAUCAAUUAAUUUAUCAAAUUAAAAAUCGUAAUCUUUCAUUAACUGUUAAAUUUAUUAUUUUACCGGAUCAAGAUGAAAUCUAUCAAGAAUUUCAUCAAGAACUAUUAAAAACUGAACAAGAUAUCGAACCAACAAAUGAUGAUAAAGUUCCUUCAACAUGGGAAUUAGCUGCUGGAAAUAGUUUUCGUUUUAUAGUUUCAUUUAAACUCGAUGAAUAUAAAACAAUUGCAGAUGAAUUUUAUCGAGCUAUGAAAGGAAAAAUUAAAAGAAUAAUUCAAAUUGAAAGAAUUCAAAAUGAACGAUGGUAUUUUCAAUAUUUGGCGCAUAAAAAAGAUUUCUUUAAAAGAUUAAAUAAAAAUACUGAAAAACGUUUAUAUCACGGUUGUCCAAGUAAUGCUGUUGAUUCAAUUAUUGCUGAUUGUUUUAAUAGAAGUUUUGCUGGUCUUAAUGGUACAUCAUAUGGAAUUGGAGUUUAUUUUUCAUCGGAUGCAACUUACAGUAAUCAAUUUGCUAAACCAAAUUCGAAUGGAGAACGUUCAAUGUUUAUUGCACGCGUCCUUAUUGGAAAGACAAUUUUAGGAAAUCCAUCAAUGAAAACUAGACCUCCAGGAUUUGAUACAACAACUGAUGGAAACCAUAUCUUUGUUACUUAUCAUGAUGCACAAGCAUAUGCAGAAUAUUUAAUCACUUAUAAAUGA